ACCUACUCAGCUACUCAUCUUGUCUCGUCUAUACCACCAUACUACGCCCCUCGGUCAGAGUCACACAGAUCUCGAUCAUCUGGCAAGUCUCUUACUAGUAGAUCGAAUCGCGGGCGACAUCCGACUCUUUCGAUGCGGGAUUGACCCUCGUGACCCAGGCUCGAACAGAACAUCUACCCAUCGAACGGCGAUCGGUCGCUAUACCUCAUUCAUCUUCAGCCCUGCCCUCGAGAUCAUGGUUCUGCUCUACCCAGCACCUCCAGCUUCAGGCUCCACCGUCACGCUCCUGCUACCUCCCCCUAGCCAUCUUGACGUCGCCGCAUCGCAAUGGAAUCCCGAGGAUUUCCCCUCGCCUCGAGAGCUGCCGGUCGAUGCUUUCCCCUUUGACGAAGAGGUUGUCAAAGAGGUCACCGGGAUCGAUUCCAGACAGUCAGGCGAGGACAGUACAGAAAAGACUGGAGCUGAGGAUGGAGAGGUACGGCCAGAUGGAGCAACAAGGGAAGCCGAGCUGGGAAAGGAUGGUCAAACGGGUUCGAACCCGGAUGCUGAGGUCUCUGAGGUCGGAGAGGCAGCCACAAUGGUCAAACAAGAGGCCGCACCUGCGACCAUAUCGGAGAAUAGUGGAGUCUCAGAGCAAGUCCCUACGAUUACAUUCAGCUCCAAGCUCGAGCCGGCACGUAUGUUCAAACCGAACGCGACCUCAACAUCAGCACCAGCUUCAUCCUCGACCCAGCUUACAAAAGCGCACUACCAUCCAAAAGUCAUCGCCCUCGCCAAGAAAUUGGCUGAAAAGAAGGGGAUGAAGUUGUUGGUAGAUGGGACGAGGAGGAGCAUGUUGGUCAGGUAUACGGACGAAAAGGAACGCACGGCCGCGACCACCAACGCCACGACUAGCAGUACACUGGGCUUACGGGACACGAACACUACCCCUGGUCCUUCUUCUGCCUUUGUACUGGCGACCGUACCACCCUUACAGAUACAACCCAAGCCUGUAUCACAAGAUCCUACCAUCUCACCGCCUAGCCCUGCUCCAAAUCAUAGCCCUAUGGUCGAACCCAUCCAGGCCCAGCCUUCCACCCCAUUACCGAGGAACAACAAGAAAAAGGGCAAAGGACGCUGGGCGGGGCACAUUAAAGCUCAUUCUCGGGCCGAUACCCCGCUCAAGCACGUCGCACCCCUGACAGUGGCUGGGUCUUCGCCCUUUCCCGCUGGGACUUCUACCCCCGGACCGGUUGUUGCGGGUACGAGUCACUCUGGAGCAGGAGCGGGCGAGGUGGACAUGAUGGAUGACGCGGCGAGGGCGAUUUGGGAGGAAGAGGUGUUCGAAAAGCGGAGACGGGAGUUUGGUAUGGGAAUCGGGAGUAGCAGUUGGUGGAAUCAUCUCCUGAUCGAAGCUCGAAGAGAGAGGGGUCCGCAAUGGGACGUGAACACGCAGUCGUGGCAAGUCGACAAGGGGUCCGCGCUGUACUACCAGUCGACGAAAUCUCCUCCUAAAACCCCGAUUGAGCUGCCACCUCCGCUCGCUUCAGAAGAAGUCCCGAUGCCUGGGGUGGUUGAUCAAGGUAUUCCUCUUCAAUCGGGUAUGAUGCUGCCAGGACAGAGUCCUAUGCUGGAUCCACGGACGGGGAUGGCAAUGGCAACGCCCGGCGCGACCACGCCGUCGAUCCCCAUGCCCUCUCCAGCUCAUCCGUAUGGGAACAUGCCCCUCGCGCAAUCAGGGCAUGAAGGCGGUCGUCCGGUCUCUUCGUCCGGUAAUAUGGGACCUCCACCACCACCACCACCCGGUAUGGCGCAUAACAACGUUGGGCAUCGUCAGGUCUCGGACGGACAUAUGCGUCAGAGCGUGGGUCCUCGAGCUUCGGCGACCCCAGUCAUGUCCCAUCAGCCCUCACCGGCGGGCAACGUGUCCAUGUCUCCCGCAUCCGCUCAGCAGGUUCGACCAUCACCAGCGCAGUCCCAUAUGGGUGUUCCAGAACAGAUGCAGAGACCGCCUCAUCCGAAUUACCUGCCGCCGGGGGUGACGAUGCAACAGCUCGCACAAGCCCGGCAGCACCAGCAGCAGAUGCAACAACAACAGCCUUCGAUACCGGCCCAGCAUCUCGGGCCCCAGGGCGGCAUGAAUCCGAUGAAUAUGGCCCCACACUUGGCGGCAGCAGGGCAGAUGACCCCAUCGAGUUUAGUCCAGCAGGCACAACUGGCACGAUCGAGAGAGUUGGAACAGUUCGGAAGGUUGCCGAUAUCGCAGCUACAGCAGCAACAGCAGCAGCAGCAGCAACAACAACAACAACAAGGGUCACCUCAUCCGGGUCAACAGCAACAACAACCGCCCGGGCUCGGUCAGCUUAACACGAAUGGGCUGCCAUUCGACAUGACCAACAUGUCGAGCGCUCAGGUCCAGAUGUUUAUGCAGCAACGGAUCCAACAACAGCAACAACAACAAAAGCUCGCUCAGAUGCAGCAGCUCGGCCAGUUCACCAACAAUCCGGGGAUGAUGAAUCCGCAGACCAUCGCGGGCUUGCGCAACGGGUUUCCGCCGGGGAUGCAGUUCCCUCCAGGCAUGCAGCCUGCUCAGUUGCAGCAGCUCAUGAACGCCCAGAUGAAUAUGUACGGUAUGGGAAAUCAGCAGGGGCAGAACGCAAAUGCCGGGAUGGACCCAGCGAUGAUGAUGCGCCUUUCACAACAACGCUGAACGGUCGGUGACAACUGAACCAGGAACGAUGAAGGUCAACAACGAUGUACAAUGCAUACUGCAUGCGCACAAUACAAGCACA